CUUUCAGCGCCGCAGCUUAACAGCACACACUCUCGGCCACCACAACCACAACCACCACCACCACGACGUGCCGCGAUCAUGGAUUUACAACACGCCCUCGUGCUCCUCAACAGCACCAUCGACGAAGUAUCUACGAAAUUUCGGCGAGUCCCCGGUUCCUCGAUCCUGCUCCGCUACGUCCAAAAUUCCUACCAGAACGACCCUAUCCGCUCCGUUGUCGAACUAUGUCUCUUCCUCUUCGCCGUGCGAUACCUCCUCGCUCCACGGUACUCUACGAAACAGAAGUCAAUGGACCUGACCGAAGAGGAGAUUGACGAAUUAGUCGAAGAGUGGUCACCGGAGCCCCUCGUCGCACCUUCCACCGAGCUCGAAGUCUUUGAGGAGGAGCGCCGUCCCAUCAUUGCCGGACCCACUGGUCCCCGGGUGAAGCUGGCGAACGGCAAGUCCGUGACCAACCUGGCUUCAACCAACUACUACAACCUGGUGGCGAACGAGCUCAUCAAGGAACGCGGAGUGCAGGUUCUUCGCAGCUACGGUGUCGGUGCUUGCGGGCCCCCAAACUUCUACGGUACUCAGGAUGUGCACAUGGACACGGAGAAGGAGAUCGCACGGUUCCUCGGCGUCGAGGCGUGUAUCGUCUAUGCCCAGGCGUUCUCCACCAUCUCGUCCGUCAUCCCGGCUUUCUCGAAGCGUGGAGACAUCAUCAUUGCCGACCGCGCCGUCAACUUUUCGAUCCAGAAGGGUCUCCAGGUCUCCCGUUCCACCGUCCGCUGGUUCAACCACAACGACAUGGAAGACCUCGAGCGCGUCCUGACGCAAGUGGCCAAGGAGCAAAAACGCAAGCCACUCACGCGGCGCUUCAUCGUGACCGAAGGCCUCUUCGAAAACACGGGCGACAUGCCAGACCUCGCCAAGAUCAUCGAGCUCAAGAACCGUUUCAAGUACCGUCUGAUCCUAGACGAAACGCACAGCUUUGGCGUUCUUGGGCGCACCGGGCGCGGCGCCACGGAGCACCAAAACAUCGACACGACGCACGUCGAGAUGCUGAUCGGCUCGCUAUCGCACGCGCUAUGCGCGGGCGGCGGGUUCUGCGCAGGCACGCUCGAGGUCGUCGAGCACCAGCGCAUCUCGUCGUCCGCCUACGUGUUCUCCGCCGCGCUGCCGGCAAUGCUCUCUGUCGCCGCGGCCGAGUCCGUCAAGCUCCUCGAGUCGAACCCAGAGCUGAUCACGGACCUCCGCGAGAAAAUGCGGCUGUUCAGACAGCAGCUCGAGCGCUGUGAACAUAUACUCAUCAGCUCGGCCCCCGAGAAUCCGAGGUGUCUAUUCUACCUGAAAAAUGAUAUCUUUGAGCAGAAGGGCGCGGAUAUCGAGGAGCGUGUCCUCGUCGAUAUCGUCGAUGAGUGCAUGGGCUCCGGCGUCAUGAUCUCAAGAGUUAAGAAGGUUAAGGACUCCAGUGCGACGGAUUUUGCGCCCGGUAGGAGGUUUGGCUGGGAGGGUCCGCCGAUGCUGAUGGCGAGUGUUACCGUUGGACACUCGAAGAAGGAUGUUGAGGCGGGCGGCAGCGUUAUAAGGAAGGCGGUCGGAAAGGUGCUGGGCAGGAUGAAGAAGUAGACGCGGUCUGGGUUUUGAUGAUAGGGGGAUGAUAGGGGAUGAUAGGGGAUGAUAAUGUAGACGGGUGAGGCUGCACGCAGUUCUCCCACCCACUCACCACUAGUACUACACAACACGGUACUGUGCCUAAUGUAUAUUGGAGUUUUCUUUUUUCUUUUUCUGGGUUGUGUUUAUAUAGGGCCUGUAACGAUCGUUGGAGCGUGUUUUCGCCUUGGGUAGAUGUCGGAGGGGAGGAGGUGAACUGAAGGGGAGGGGAGGGGAGAGGAGCGGAGGGAGUGAAUGGGAGGAGAUGAACGGUAUGUAUGAAAUGGAUAAUGUACUCUAUAGUACUGGUAUUCCGACGAUGUAUCUAUUCCGAUGGUGUGUGAUCUAUGUAUAAGCAUAGACGUCGAACCAUACGAUAGACUAUAGUAC